CUCCCCAGCAACCAUGGCCGCUCUUCUCGCUGACGACCACGACAUCUUGUCCAACGUUCUGCGCGUGAGCCUUCCCGGCGUCGGCGUCGCCGGCGGCGACGCGGCCAAGGCCGCCGCCUCGGGCACGCCCCUCGUGCCGCUGCCUGACUUGGCGCAAGAGCUCAUCACUGAGGCGGCGGGCGCACCGGACCCCGCUGCGCACUGGGCGGAUUUGGCGGCGCGGAAGUCGCUCUUCGACCGCGCUCUCGUCGGCAGGCUGAGCGCCGGCACCAGCGCGCCGAUCAUCGACUACCUCGUCGCGACGUACAGGAGGAACGGCGCGCUGCGCUCCAAGAAGCCUCGUGUGGACGAGGCGCUCGCGGAGAUCCUCGGCUACGUGAGCGAAUUGUGCGUCUCGUACACCGCGAUCGCGGCGCUCAACCCGACCAUGUUCCCGCAGCCGCCGGCGGCGGAGCAAGAGGGAGUGCUGCGGCUGCUCACCGCGCUGCGCAGCGAUGACGCGUCCACGGCGCUGCCCGAAAAGUUCUUGUCCAAGCUGGUGGAGCGGAUGCAGGAGGACGGCACGCUGGGCGAGUUCGCAGCGCCACUCUUCGACAAGCUCGCCGAGGAGGCGGCCACUCUCUCCCUCCUCAACCCCUUCGCACCCACGUACCGGGCGCUACUCACUCUCGUGCGCGAGAAGCCGCUCGGCGCAGCCUUCGCCGCGAGCGGCAAGUUCCUGCCGGCGGGCGUGAAGAACGGCGCCGCGCUCGAGCGCUCCUCGCUGCUCGGCCCCUUCCUCGCCCCCUCCUGCUUCUUCCCCGCAAACUCGCGCGUGCUGAGCGAGUGCUUUACCGAGCUGGCGCAGCCGCAGGCGCGCGAGAACUCCUUCUCGUCGCUGCGCCUCGCGCUGCAGAUGGAGCCGCUCCUGCGCCUCCUCGCCGCCUUCUGCACCGCCAACGCUGACCGCGCGAAGCAGAUGUUUCCGUUUGACGAGGGGGACCGCGUCUCGACUGUCUCCGCCGACGGCACCGUCGUCAACGUGUGCGCCGUGCUGCUGACGCUGUGCGACGGCUUCACCGCGCCGGGCCACCCCGCCGCCGCAAAGAUCGACACGACGUACGCGCGCGCGGUGGUCGACGACCUGAAGCGCGCGCAGCUUUCCUACGAGGCGCAGCUGCUCGACCCGCAGCUGCUUGCGAUGGCGACGCGCUACUACCGCCUCGUCGCUCGCUGGCUGGUCGGCGAGGCGCGCCCGCCGGCCGAGGGGCUUCCGCUCGGCGCCUCCGACGUCGCCGCCUUCCUCGAGCAUGUCUUCAAGCUCGCGCCGCAGUACGCCUUCCAGCAGACGGGCGUCGACGAGCUGCGCGACUUUGUCACGAUGAUGGUCACCUUCCUCGCUUCGCCUGCGUACGUGCGCAACCCGCACUUGCGCGCAAAGUUCAUCCACUUCUUGCAGCAGCUGGGGAGCCGCGCGCCGAACGAGCGGCUCACGCUCGUCUUUGCGGCGCACCCGCUCGCGCAACGACACCUCGCCCCCGCGCUGAUGAACUUCUUCGUCGACAUCGAGCCGCUGGACAUCUACGUCAAGCCGCAGUACCGCGCCAAAACGAUGGCGAUCCUGGACUACUUUUGGACGCAGCCCGACUACCGCGCCGCGAUCGUCGGCUUCGCGAGCACGACGGCCACCGGCGAGGACACCAACCCGCGCUUCGUGCGCUUCGUCAACAUGCUCAUCAACGACUCCAUCUACUCGAUGGACGAGGCGCUCGAGAAGCUCAUCGGGAUCAAGAAGAUGCAGAUCGAGAUGGAGGCGCCCGCGUGGCAGCAGCAGCCGCAGCGCACGCGGGGGGAGCGCGAGGCGGCGCACCGGCAGAACGAGGGCCACGCGGGCUGGUUCAUGAAGUUUUGCAACGACGUGAUGCACAUGAUCAACUACCUCUCCACCGACCCGGACGUGUGCCGCACCUUCCUGCUGCCCGAGCUGUGCCCGCGCAUGGCGAGCAUGCUCAACCACUUCCUGAAGCAGCUGGUCGGCCCCACGUGCGCCGAGCUCAAGGUGCGGGACCCUGAAAAGUACAACUUCCAGCCGAAGACGCUGCUGCUCAAGAUCUGCACCGUCCUCACGCGCUUCGCGCAGCACGCCGAGUUCACCGCCGCCGUCGUCAAAGACACGCGCUCGUACAACCCAGACAACAUCCGCAAGGCGACGCCGCGGCCUCGGCAGCGUCCCGCGCCGCAGCAGCUCGAGGCGCUGGAGGCGUUCCUGUCGCGGUGCGAGAGCGCAAAGCAGGAGGAGGUGGACGCGGAGGCGGAGCUGGGCGACAUCCCGGACGAGUUCCUCGACCCGAUCACGUUCGAGAUCAUGGAGGACCCGGUGACCAUGCCAACCUCCGGCACCGUCAUCGACCGGCCAACCAUCGCGCGCCACCUCCUCACCGACGAGACGGACCCCUUCAACCGCGCCAAGCUCACGCUCGAGAUGCUGGUGCCCGCCGACGACCUCAAGGCGCGCAUCCUCGCCUUCCGCGCCUCCAAGCGCAAGGCCAUCGCCGGGGCGAGCGCCGAUGGCGGGCAACCGAUGGAGCUCGGCUGACCGUGCGUAGCCGCCAGGCUUCCGACUCGUGCAGUCGCCACGGCCCGCCAACGCAGUCCCGCUCAGCCAGCUGUGCAACGUCUCGCGCACCAGGCGACGCCCGGCUGCGGCUCCCUGGUCGCGUGGUCGGCUUACAGCUGCUGACGUACGGGCUGAAGCUAGGUCCUCUAGGGAGGUAGGAGUGUGAGCACACGGACAAAGGCCGGGCGGCCUGUUUGAUUAUAUAGGGGGUGGUUUCCCCUCCAAUAAUGGUGUC